GGGGGUGGGGCGCUCUCCCCGGCCCCGCUCCCCUCCCCCCCAACCUCCGCCCCGCCGCGGCGUCUGACGUCCCGCGCGUCGGUGGCGCGGAGCAGCGCGGGGAGCCAGGCGGGCCGCAGGCGGGGUGUGAAGAGGAAAAAAAAUGACACUCCAGUGGGUGGCAGUUGCAACCUUUCUUUAUGCUGAAAUAGGACUUAUUUUAAUCUUCUGUCUUCCUUUUAUUCCUCCUCAGAGAUGGCAGAAAAUUUUUUCAUUUAAUGUCUGGGGUAAAAUUGCAACUUUCUGGAACAAGGCUUUCCUUACUAUUAUAGUCCUAUUGAUUGUUCUAUUUCUAGAUGCUGUGAGAGAAGUAAGGAAAUACUCCUCUAUACCUGCCAUUGAAAAAGGCUUAAGCAGUAAACCUGGUGCCUAUGAACAUGCACAAAUGAAACUUUUUAGGUCUCAAAGGAAUCUUUACAUUUCUGGAUUUUCAUUAUUUUUCUGGCUUGUGUUGAGACGUCUGGUUACCCUUAUUACUCAGCUGGCUAUAGAACUGUCAAACAAAGGAGUACUUAAAACUCAAGCAGAAAAUACUAAUGAGGCUGCCAAAAAAUUCAUGGAAGAGAAUGAAAGACUAAAACAGCUCUUGAAAAACUAUGUCAAUGAAGAGGAACACAUUUUGGAAGCAGAAAAUAAAAAACUAAUAGAAGACCAGGAAAAACUGAAAACUGAAUUAAACAAGACUUCAGAUGCCCUUUCUAAGGCACAGAAUGAUGUGAUGACAAUGAAAAUGCAAUCAGAGCGACUUUCAAAAGAAUACGAUCGACUUCUGAAAGAACACUCAGAACUUCAGAAUCGCUUGGGGAAAGACAGUAAGAAAGGCCUGUGAACUUUGAAAGACGAUGGCGACACACCAUGUGAAGAUGACAAAUUUGUUAUCGUGUUGGCCUGUAGAACAAUUUAAAAUUCAGUUCAGUAAAAGGUACCGUUUAUGACCAGCCAAUAAUUUUGUUAAUGCCACAUAUAGCCUGUUAUCCUAACGGUGUUGUCACAAUAGUUGAUGAUGUUUCAGAUACAUCGUCAAGUCUAUAUUCCAGCUCUUCUGUAAAAUAUAAGCGUGUUUAGCACCCUAGUAAGAUAUUGAGAGGAACACUGGUUAUAUGGUGACUGUUUACUAAUAAAAAGAAAAAUUUAUAGCCAGUUACUUCCCAAAUUGAUUUUUAAGUUGAUGAAAUCAUUAAUAGCCUUAAAAGCUGUGAUGUGUUUUCAGUAAUAAUAAUCUAUUUAAUCAGAUGACGAUAAUGCUGAUGUAUUUGAAAAUAGUAUUCAGUAUCAGCAGAUUUGUUCAUAGAUUAAAUAAGGACAAAUGAUCAGAAUUAGCCAUUAUAUAUAUGGGGAAGAGUCAUGAAGAGCAAAAAAAUGAAAACAAUGACCUUAGUUGUUGUUCUUUUUUAUAAGUCUGAUGAUACUAUAGUUUACUCUUGUAAAACAGCUAUAUUGAUAAUUAUAUUUUUGUUACUGUGCUUCUAUAUCUGUUGGACUGUUUCCGUUGACAUUUGUGUUAAUACCACAUAAUAAGUAGGCAUUAUACCUUUUUAAAAUUCAUCUGAUAAUGAAGUUUACAUCUAUUUGCAUAACUGCCAUACACUGAACUUAAAAUUAUUUUACGACAAUGUGGAAUUCUUGACUUAGAAAGCUAAUGUAGAGCAUAUCCAAAGAGCAAUGUUUCCCAUCGCUGUGAGAGUUACUAAGUAUACAAAUAUUACCUCAAAUAUACAUACACUGGGGUCACAGUUUCUCUGAGAUGUAUCUGUAUUCUGAAAGCUAAAUAUUAAGUACCAUUUUUCCAUUCAUAUUCCUUUAGAAUCUCCUUUAGAACAUGAUAACGACUGUAGUUAUAUUAAAAUGAUUUAGGUUGUUCCAGUGUUUAGACAUGAAAAUCAUCUUCCUUGUCUCAUAAAGACCUAAAUAUAAAUAAUGGAAUGGAAAAUAA